AUGCAGUCUCUUCUCAUGAUGGAUGGUGUGGUGGAGGUGACAAGAACGCAAAGAGAACUCGAGAACCUGGAUGAAGCUAGCAGAAUCGACGCCCUUUCCAGCGGCUCUGCGCCCAACGAGCGACGCUUUUCCUUUCGCGAUCCUUGCAAAAACGAAGUCUCGCGCACACUCCGCGCCUCCUCACAGCCUUCCGACCGACCUCCGCGCUCGCGCGGAGAGAGAAGCCUGGGCACUGAGUGCGCCUCUUUCCUGCCUUCUUCAGUUCUUGCAGAGCCGCAAGAGGCGUGGUUUGGAGGGGACUCAGCCUCUGCAGCAGUUGUCGCGGCUGGGGGUAUUUCGUCUAUUAAAGAUUCUGUAUCGCGCGUCGAUGCUGCAGGCGCCCACCCGGCCCUUUUUGACCCUUCGGCUUGCCUGGUGAACACAGAAAACGCUUCAGGCACGACAGCGGAAACUCGUGGGUUUCUGCGAGAGGGAUCCUUCCAGAAUCGAUCUGGAGAAGCUCCGUGCGCUGCGCAGGCGGCACAGCCAGAGAACUGUGUGUCGCCAAAGGUCGACUGCGCCGCGAGUGCGUCAGCAGGCACAUCGGUGACGCGGCGGCCCUUGCUGGAGGUGUCUUCUCGUCAGUCUACAGACGGCAGUCCGACUGAAGUGAGUCGCUCGCGGCCUGCGCCUCGCCUUGGUGCGUCCUUCGCCGCUGCAUCGCCGUCCCCCCUCAGCGGCGCGUCGUCGUCCCUUGCGAGACUGGCUGAGGAAAGUCCUGCGCUUCGUUUGUUCGCAGCUAUGCAGAGCUUGGAAGAGCUCCACGACGCAGAGGCCUCCACCAGCCUCGCGCCGCCAGUCGACGGCGCCGUUGCCGCGGCGCCCGUCGCGUCUCCGCACUCCGGCGUGGGGGCCCCAGAGGAGGACUGCGCGGGGGGGUCAGGGGGAGGAGAGAGCUGCCUCAUGGGCUCCGCACGCACCGGGGUGUCUCCUGCAGAGGCCGAAGAGGGUCCGAAUUGCUGGCGGAAGUCGCCGCCGAGGGAGAGCCCGAGCGUCCCCGGGGGGGGCGAGGAGGACCCCAGCAGUGGCAGUGUGAAGGAUGACAAGAGUGGGGACGACAGACGCCUGGAGGAGAGGGAGGAGGAUGGCGAGGACGCCGCGGCGUCUGUGAAGCGGCGGAAGAAAGACGACGACGACGAUCGCUUCUCUGCCCUCACCUCGUCGCCCUCGUUUCCUGCACCUUCCCCGCCAAGCUCCUCCAGCUCGCCCUCUCAGGUGAACCCCGCGCAAGAGGCGCCGGUCUCCUCGCCGCACCACCCCUCCCCAGGCUUCGAGGAGGACGGCCCCCAGACCCGGGGCCCGGUACCCGCCUGGGUCGCCGUCCAAGCUGCGCCGGGCGCGCGUGAAGACGACCAGACAGACAAAGGCAGCGACUCAGCCGCGGCGUCGAUGUCCCCGGGGCAGCCGUCCCCGGGCCCCGCGCGCGGCGCCGCCGUGGGUCCCGGAGCGGGGGCGCGGGCGGGGUCCGUCGCAGUCGCCGGAGAAAAGUACGCGCAGUGGCUGGAUGCCAUCUACACCGUCUGCCUCAAGAUCGACGAUCUGUGUGCCAAACUUGAUCCUGACUUCCCCAACGCAAUGGCGCUCUGGGAGCAGCGCGGCCCUGGCAUCGACGGAGCCCGAUCUCUCUUCAUGAACGGCGGAUGCCCGCCCAGCGGAUGCGGAGGUGUAGACUUGUCUCAGCGGGGUUUCGAUGGCGCGGGCGACCUGCAGCCGCCCUUUGGCGGCGUGGACGACUACGGCGCGGGCCCGGCUUCGAGUAUGUACUCCUCCAUGGGCAGGGGGGCAGGUCUCGGGGCGGGCAACGAGUGGAACGCAGGCGGCGGCAGCUUGAAGAAGCGCAGCCGGAAGGACCGGCCGUCUGCGUCGUCGUCGCGUCCUGGCGGCAACGGCGCGACGUCGCCCUCGUCUCUGCUCUCCUCGUCUCUGCUCUCCUCCUCGCUGCUCAACUCGCGCGGGGGGGGAGCGGGGGGGGGAAUCUGCUGCUGCCCCUCGGCGGCCAGGCAGCCACGGCCCCCCCCACCACCAGGGCGCGGGCCCGAACCCGAGCGCCGCGGCGGGCGCCUCGCCGCACGGCGGCGGCGGGGGCGCCACGCGCGGCGGCCACGGCGGCAUGAUGGGCCCCGCCGGGGGGGGGGGGGCGGCGGCAACGCGCCCAUGGCCUCGCACUACCUGCCCUCGCAUCAGCUGGUCGGCGCGGGUGGCGGCGGCCGCGAUCGCGCGGACCCAGGCCCUGCGUCGUCGCCAGAGAGCGAGUACGAGUAUCUGCUGCACCUGCCCGAGCAGGAGGGUCCGAAUCCGGAGAACGCGACGGACCUGAAGUGCGACGUCGCCGGCGUCUACUGGGACAAGCGCUCGUGGAUCGCCUCCUGGUACGAGGGCGGCAAGCGGUACUACAAGUCCUUCUCGGCCAAGACGCACGGCUUCUACCGCAGCAAGUACUGGGCCAUCAAGGUGCGACUCAGCAAGGUGCAGAACAGCAAUCUGUUAGUCAACAAGGGCUCCAAGGCCAAGGGAGAGCGAGGCGGAGCCGCCGCCGCUCACGCCGCCGCACACGCCGCCGCACACGCCGGCGCAGGCAGCUACGGAGGGCGGAACGCGCAGGCCGACGAGACGGGCGGCUACUGCAGCGCGGGCGGAAGGGGCCCUUCAGGUACAACAGGCUGA